AUGAUUGUCAAACGUUAUGCUUUCGACGGGACGUUACGUUCUCAAAAGUUGAAUAUUCCGGAGACUAUCAACUUCGCGGAGGAGGAGGAGAAGACGUUGAAAUUAUGGGAGUCGGUUGAUGUAUUUCGUACAUGCAUGCAUAUGUCUGCUAUAUGUAACCGGCCAAAGUAUUCAUUUUACGACGGACCACCUUUUGCCACCGGCCUCCCGCAUUAUGGCCACAUCCUUGCCGGCACCAUAAAGGACAUCGUGACGAGGUACGCAUAUCAAAGCGGCUAUCAUGUAGAGCGUCGAUUUGGAUGGGACUGCCAUGGUCUUCCUGUGGAGAAUGAGAUUGACAAGAAGCUGGGUAUCAAGGGGCCUGAUGAUGUCGCCAAGAUGGGCAUCAAGGCUUACAACCAGGAGUGCCGUAAAAUCGUAAUGAAAUAUUCCACGGAAUGGCAGCAAAUUGUCGGCCGGAUGGGACGGUGGAUCGACUUCAAGAAUGACUACAAGACCAUGUAUCCAUGGUAUAUGGAGUCCAUCUGGUGGGUGUUCAAGCAGCUAUACCUUAAGGGUCUCAUCUACGAAGGUAUCAAGGUAAUGCCUUAUUCUACUGCCUGUAACACGCCAUUGUCCAACUUUGAGGCAGGUCAGAAUUACAAGGAUGUAGUAGAUCCAUCGAUCGUUGUAGCGUUUUCCCUGCUGGAUGAGCCAGGAGUGUCUCUACUGGCCUGGACCACCACUCCUUGGACGUUACCUAGUAAUUUAGCACUAUGCGUCAAUCCUACUUUUGAAUAUGUAAAGGUAAAAAAUGAGAGAACUGGUGACAUUUAUAUCAUAUUGGAAGCUCAAUUGCAAAUCCUUAAGGGUCCUUAUACCAUAAUAGACCGGAUGAAGGGCACAGACCUGAAAGGAAAGGCAUAUGAACCACUGUUCCCAUAUUUUUUGCAUUAUAAAGAGAAAGGUGCUUUCAGAGUCCUGAAUGACGCUUACGUCACAGCGGAAACCGGAACCGGCAUCGUCCAUCAAGCCCCGUACUUCGGAGAGGAUGAUUUUCGAUGUUGCAUGGAAGCCGGCAUCAUACGUAAGGACCAAGAGAUUGUAUGUCCCGUGGAUAGUUGCGGCUGCUUCACAGAGCCGGUUCAUGAUUUCCUCGGCAAGUACGUCAAGCUCGCAGACAAAGAUAUAAUAAAGUAUUUGCAACUUAAGAAGAGGCUGAUUAUCAACAGUACAAUGAAACACAGCUAUCCGUUCUGCUGGAGAACGGACACGCCGCUUAUUUACAAAGCUGUGCCCUCUUGGUUCCUCAAGGUGGAGGAAAUCAAGGAUAAGUUACUAGUGACAAAUAGCGAGACUUACUGGGUGCCGGAUUUCGUGAAGGAGAAACGAUUCGGCAAUUGGCUGCGUGAUGCGCGCGACUGGGCCAUCAGCAGGAAUCGUUACUGGGGUAAUCCUAUACCGCUUUGGAUCUCCGAGGACAGGGAAGAGAUCGUGUGCGUGGGCAGCAUGGAGGAGCUGGAGAGAUUGACGGGCGCAAAAGUCAAGGACAUCCAUCGCGAGAACAUUGAUCAUCUGACAAUACCGUCGAAACGCGCGGGACAGCCGCCGUUGCGUCGUGUACCUGAGGUUUUCGACUGCUGGUUCGAAUCCGGUUCUAUGCCGUACGCGCAGGUUCACUUUCCAUUCAAUCAAGAUCCCAAGAAAUUUGACGAGAUCUUUCCGGCAGACUUCGUCGCCGAAGGUAUCGAUCAGACGCGUGGCUGGUUCUACACACUUUUAGUGAUAUCCACCGCACUGUUUGGCAAGGCGCCGUAUAAGAACCUCGUGGCCAAUGGUCUAGUACUCGCAUCCGACGGCCAAAAGAUGUCAAAACGUAAGAAAAAUUAUCCCGACCCCAUGGAAGUGGUCAACAAAUACGGAGCAGACGCUCUGCGUCUUUAUCUGAUCAAUUCGCCAGUCGUGAGAGCCGAGAAUCUUAAGUUCAAGGAGGAGGGUGUCCGAGACAUCAUCAAGGACAUCUUCUUGCCGUGGUACAACGCGUUCCGUUUUCUAAUGCAGAACAUCGACCAGUAUCAAGAUUUGGGGAUCAGGUUUGUAAUCGCCGAAAGUCAAGAAUCCUGUUCCAACAAUAUAAUGGAUAAAUGGAUUAUGUCCAUCACGCAAUCGUUGUUGAUCUUCGUGAAGAAAGAGAUGGAGGAGUAUAGACUGUAUACAGUGGUGCCCUAUCUAAUAAAGUACAUAGACAAUCUCACAAAUUGGUACGUAAGAAUGAAUAGGAAACGCAUCAAAGGUGAAGACGGUAUGGAAGAUUGUGAUAAUGCAUUAACGACUCUAUUUCUAGCAAUUUAUACGAUGGUGCAAACCUAUGCACCAUUCACACCAUUCUUGACGGAAUUCAUGUUUCAGCGAUUAUACCAAUGGGUUGUCAUCUCGUCGAAUGAUGAGUCUAAGAAUCUCGGUUAUCACAAUACGGAUUAUCACUAUAUUAAGAAAAACCAUCCUGCUGAGGAAUUCAAGUAUCAGCCGAGUAAUUGGUCUGAGCCUAUUGAUGAAACAGAGGACAUGAAGCAAGUUCCUAACGCGAACAUUUCAGAUGAAUAUAGCAAGGAUUAUAGUGUUUUUGAUGGCAGUGUACAUUACAAACUGAUAUCACAUCCGCGACAUCAUCUGAUUAACAAAGACAUAGAGAAGGCUGUGUCGCACAUGCAGUCAGUCAUUCAAUUGGGUCGCAUUGUACGCGACAGGAAGAUCAUUCCCACGAAAUAUCCUUUGCCGGAAAUCGUGGUAAUCCAUCGAGAUGACAAAGUAUUAAGGGACAUUGUUUCGUUAAAGUCAUAUAUACUCGAAGAGCUCAACAUCAAGAAGUUAACUGUUACUACUGACAAGGAGAAGUAUGGCGUGACCUUGAGAGCAGAACCAGAUCAUAAGACACUCGGUGCUCGUUUGAAAGGCGAAUUCAAACAGAUAAUUCAAGCCAUUAAAGAGUUAUCCGACGAACAGCUGCAGAAGUUUGUCUCCACGAAGGAAAUUGUUGUGCAGGGUCACAAGCUCGAGGAACAGGACCUACGCCUGAUGUUCAGCUUCACCGGUCCGGCCGCCGAGCAACUGUCGAAGCAGUACGAGGCUCACAGUGAAGGAAGCAUACUGAUCCUUCUGGACAUUACUGCCGACGAGGCGAUGCACAACGAGGGAAUAGCACGUGAAGUGAUCAAUCGAGUGCAGAAGCUGCGGAAGAAAGCACGGCUUGUGCCCUCCGAUGAAGCCGUCGCGUAUUACGAGAUCAAAGACAUGAACGGUAACUUGGCGAAGGUCAUCGUCAGUCACAAGGAUUUCAUCGAGAACGUGACCAAGACACCACUGAAAGAUAUGACAGAGUUACCUCGCAAUAUUGAUGUCAUUAUUGAAGAGAUGCAGAAAAUCAAGGACAUUGAUAUGAGGCUCAUGUUGGUCAGAACAUCGACCAGUCUAACGUCAACACAGGAAGACAGUACAAUGUCAUUGGAAUCGCAAUCCUCUGUGAGCUACGUUAACGUAAAACUUUUAAACUUGCAACCACGAUACGGCGCGUCUUCGAAGAAUAAGAUUUACUUAUAUAAUUCACAACAUGGUCCUCUCACAUACAAACGUUUGAAACAGGAAAUCGAUUUGGUAUUUGGUAUGUAUGGUUGUACAUAUGAUAUUUAUCUCAAUGCUAAGAAAAUUACCAAAACGGAUGAUACGCCAGUGGAGGAAGACAUGUUCAAUAAACAAUUGUUAGAAGUAAUGAGACCAAAAAAAUAUAUAUAAAAAGUUAUCUCCCUGAAUUUUUCAAUGUACGAUUAAAAGAAAACAAAGACUAGUUUACCAGCAUUAUAACGUUUUGUAAUUUUAUUUUACAACUUUUU